AUGCAGCAAUUUCCGUGGACUGAGCGGGCCAUCCCGAUGACGGGCUGCGGCGCCUGCGGUCCCGGCGGUCCCGGCGUUCCCGGGCCAGGCGGCUGCAGCGAUGGCUACGUGGUGUGCGAGGAGAUGAAGCUGGUGGGAAUCACCUUGUCUUCGGAUGAGGACCAGGAAGCUGAGGAGGCAAUUCAAGAGGCAAAUGUGCAGCCGGUAUUUGAAGUGGAGGAGAAGAAUGGACAGGAAUUGCCGGAGGCGAUACCAGAAUGGAGCUUGCCGCCGAUCGGUGAGGCGCCAAUUCAGGAGCAGGGUUGGCAAUCAAUCGAGCCGGAGGCGCCGGAGGCGCCGGAGGCACCGGAGGCACCGGAGGCGCCGGAGGCAGUCCCAGACCGGCAGCUGAGUCAGCAGUCAGAGGAAUUCCAGGAGCAGAAGUCGCAGAAAAGCGCAAAGGCAAAAGCUGAGGAGGAGAGACGAGCAAGGAUGGAGCAGGAGCAGGCCAAGCUGGAGCAGGCCAAGCAGGAAAAGGCCAGGCUGGAGCAGGCCAGGCUGGAGCAGGUGAAGCAGGAGAAGGCCAGGCUGGAGCAGGCCAAGCUGGAAAAGGCUCGGCAGGAACAAGCUAGGUUGGAGCAGGCCAGGCUGGAACAGGCCAGACUCAGAGAGGAGGAAGAGCGCAAACUGAAAAAGUUUGACGUCAGCCUGGACAGAGCAUCCACCAAAAAGGACUGGGGAUUCAAAUGGAAUAUGGCUGCUUUGGCAAAGGACCAACUGGAGGUGGUUGAUGUCAAUCGAGGCACGCCGCUGGAAAGCUGGAACCGGGAGCAGUUUGGCCUUCAGCGAGUUGACUUGGUCGUGCGCAAGGGAGACCGAUUAAUGUCUGUCCAAGGGCACACAACGCGGAAAGAGAUGCAGCAGAGCCUCAAGACGGAGUCAGAGGUCGCAUUGAUUUUUGCCCACACUCCGGCGUCCGAAGAGGCUGAAGCCCCUCCGGAAGAGGUUGGCCAGGUCAUCCCGGAAAAGAAGCUGCCACAGCCAGCUGAGAAGGUGGCGAAAGCGCCGGAGACCCCUGCAAAACCUGAGCCAGCGCAAGUCCAAGAGGAGAAGGUGAUGAAAGAGCCGGAGACCCCUGAAACACCUGAGCCAGCACAAGUCCAGGAGGAGAAGGUGAUGCAAGAGCCGGAGACCCCUGAAACACCUGAGCCAGCACAAGUCCAAGAGGAGAAGGCGGAAGACCCAAAACCUUCGAAGGCGAAAGCAAAGGCACAGCAGAAGCAGGCGAAGGCAAAGGCGACCCCGGAGCCGAAGCCGCCACAGAAAAGUGCGAAGGCGACAGCCGAGGAGGAGAGACGCGCAAAGAUGGAGAAGGAGCAGGCCCAGCUGGAGCAGGCCAAGCAGGAAAAGGCCAAGCUGGAGCAGGAAAAGGCUAGGCAGGAACAAGCUAGGUUGGAGCAGGCCAGGCUGGAACAGGCCAGAGCCAAGGAGGCGGAAGAGCGCAAACUGAAAAAGUUUGACGUCAGCCUGGGCAGAGCAUCCACCAAAAAGGACUGGGGAUUCAAAUGGAAUAUGGCUGCUUUGGCAAAGGACCAACUGGAGGUGGUUGAUGUCAAUCGUGGCACGCCGCUGGAAAGCUGGAACCGGGAGCAGUUUGGCCUUCAGCGAGUUGACUUGGUCGUGCGCAAGGGAGACCGAUUAAUGUCUGUCCAAGGGCACACUACGCGGAAAGAGAUGCAGCAGAGCCUCAAGACGGAGUCAGAGGUCGCAUUGAUUUUUGCCCACACUCCGGCGUCCGAAGAGGCUGAAGCCCCUCCGGAAGAGGUUAUCCCGGAAACGAAGACAGCUGAGAAGGACAUCUCAAAGGCAAAAGAGGAGCCAAAGGAGGCAAAGGCCGAGGUCAAAGAAAGUAAGCCGCCUCAGGAAAGCAAGGAGGAUGUGAAAGCAGAGGCGGCAGAGGUGACAUGGAACGAACAGCCGAAGGCGGAGGCGACAGAAGAGGCGAAGCCGUGGAAAGAUCAGCCGACGGAGGAGGAGGCGACACAAGACGCGAAGCCAUCAUGGAAAGAACAGGUGACAAAAGAGGCGAAGCCAUCAUGGAAAGAACAGGUGACAAAAGAGGCGAAGCCAUCAUGGAAAGAACAGGCGACAAGAGAGGGGAAGCCACCAUGGAAAGAACAGGGCAAGCCGGAGCAGGCAACAAGAGAGGCGAAGCCACCAUGGAAAGAACAGGCCAAGCCGGAGCAGGCAACAAGAGAGGCGAAGCCACCAUGGAAAGAACAGGCCAAGCCGGAGCAGGCGACAAGAGAGGCGAAGCCGCCAUGGAAAGAACAGGCAAAGCCGAAAGAGCAGCCGAAGCCGGAGGAGCGGCCCAAGGCGGAAAUGCUCAAUGGGCAUCAAGAGAAGAAGGAACGCAGAUAUCUCAAGUACGAUGUCAUCCUCAGCAAGACCUCGCCCAGAAAAGAGUGGGGCUUCAAAUGGAACAUGGCUGCCUUGGCCAAGGGCCAAAUGGAGGUGAAUGACGUCCAGCGCGAUUCGCCGUGUGACCUCUGGAACCGGGAGCAGCUGAGGCUGGAGCGACGAGACCGGAUGGUGCGCCGGGGCGACCGCCUGAUCUCCGUGGAAGGCAAGAGCACCCGAAACGAAAUGCAGAAGUUGCUGAAGGAGGACAUGGGGCUGACCAUGAUCUUCCAGCAAACCGCGGCCAGCGAGGAGAUCAUUGAGCCUCCAGAGGUCGAGGAAAAGCUGGCAGAGAGAAGCCAGGCAAAAGACGUGAAGCCACCAGCGAAAGAGCAGCCGCAGGUGCAGCAGGCGAAAGAAACCAGACCGGCUCAGCAGAGCAAGGAGGAGGACGAGCAGAAGAAUCGUGGAUGGGAAUCCGCAGACGAGGCAGAGGAGGAGCAGGCAGCCGAAGAGCCACAGAAGGAAGAGCCGGCUGCCGCAGAAGAGGAAGAAGAGGAGGAGGAGGAUGAAGAAGAGGAGCAGGCGCCACAGAAGGAAGCAGAGGAAGAGGAGGAGGAGGAGGAAGAGGAGCAGGCAGCCGAAGAGCCACAGAAGGAAGAGCCGGCUGCCGCAGAAGAGGAGGAAGAAGAGGAGGAGGAUGAAGAAGAGGAGCAGGCGCCACAGAAGGAAGCAGAGGAAGAGGAGGAGAAGGAGGAGGAAGAGGAGCAGGCAGCCGAAGAGCCACAGAAGGAAGAGCCGGCUGCUGCAGAAGAGGAGAAGCAGCCGAAGCAUCGCGGAUGGGAGUCAUCCGAUGAGGAGGAAGAGGAGCAGGCCGAAGAGAAACGGAAAGAGCCGGCUGCCACAGAGGAGAAUCAGAAGCGUCGCGGAUGGGAGUCAUCCGAUGAGGAGCAGGAAGAGGAGCAGGCCCAGCCCAAUGAGAAGGACGAGGUGUCCGCUGAGGCUCCUACAGAGGAGACAAAGGGAAGGCAGCGUGCGUGGGCGUCAUCCGAUGAGGAAGAGGAAGAGGAGCAGGAGGCGUCGGAGCAGGCAGCUCAACAGCCUGAGAAGGACGAGGUGGCUGCCGAGGCUCCUAAAGAGCAGACAAAGGAAAGGCAGCGGCGUGCGUGGGCGUCAUCCGAUGAGGAGGAGGAAGAGGAGCAGGAGGCAGCUCAACAGCCUGAGAAGGACGAGGUGGCUGCUGAGGCUCCUAAAGAGCAGACAAAGGAAAGGCAGCGUGCGUGGGCGUCAUCCGAUGAGGAGGAGGAAGAGGAGCAGGAGGCAGCUCAACAGCCUGAGAAGGACGAGGUGGCUGCCGAGGCUCCUAAAGAGCAGACAAAGGAAAGGCAGCGGCGUGCGUGGGCGUCAUCCGAUGAGGAGGAGGAAGAGGAGCAGGAGGCGACCAGAAGCAAGUCGCCGGAAAGGAGUGAACAGGCGAAGGCGGGGGCCACUGCGAGGCGGCGAACCUGGGCCUCGUCCGAUGAGGAGGAGGAGGAGCCAAAGGCCAAGUCGCCAGAGAGAAGCGAGGCCAAGCCGGAGCCGGCCAAAGUUGCCUCCGAGGCCAAAGCAGCUCCCAAGAAGAAUAUCGUGGCACCGCCUUGGCUGUACAAACCGCGCAGGUGA